GAACAGGAAGGUUGCACUCGCUCAACACUCGCUCUACCUUCAGGAUUCCAAUCGCCGAACUUCCAUUUCGCUAUCCGAACCUUCACAGCACCACUCGCAGCUCAAAAGUGAACAGCAGAACCUCCCUUUCAGACAAUGAGCGUGUAUGAUCAAACACCCUAUGCCUCUUCUUCUGCUGGAUAUGGUGGGGAUUACGGUUCCGGACCCAACGACCCGCUUCAAUUCUACUCUGGCCCUUCCGAUGCCUCAUCUAGGUACUAUGCCCGAGAGAGCAUUGAGGGCGAACGUGGUGGCGUGACCGGUAGCAUGUCAUCAGCUCCAGGGUACGCAACAAACAUGGUCGGCGGCUCGAUCAUCGCCGCUGGCGGGUUCUGGAGUGCAUUUGGGACGGGUGGGGUAGAAGGGGAGCCUCCGCUGCUCGAAGAACUCGGAAUCAACUUUGAUCACAUCAAGCGCAAGUCUUUUGCUGUUCUGAACCCAUUCCGCACCAUCGAUCAACACCUCAUGGAUGAUGCAGACCUAGCUGGACCUCUCAUUUUUUGUUUUUGUUUCGGGAUGUUUCUGCUAUUUUCGGGGAAGCCACAGUUCGGGUAUAUUUAUGGUCUAGCUCUCUUGGGUGAUCUGUCGCUAUAUCUACUCCUGAAUUUGAUGUCAAAAAGUGGAAUCGACGCUUAUCGGGUCGCCAGUGUCCUUGGGUACUGUCUCCUUCCCCUCGUUCUUCUCAGUCUCGUGACGGUGGUAGUUAGCAUGGAUGGGAUUCUUGGGUACCUUCUCUCAGCACUAUCCAUUCUUUGGUGCGCCUACUCAGCAUCAGGAAUAUUUGUCGCUGUCUUACGCAUGUCCGAACAACGUCUACUCGUGGCAUAUCCAGUCGGACUUUUCUAUGCGACCUUUGCGCUCUUGAGUGUAUUCGAUGCCAAGACUGGGACAGUGGGCGUACGCGCGGCGAAAUGAAAUCAAUUAUAAGAAGAAAGUGCUAGGAUGAUUCAAGUGGGUAUGCUGUGAUGUUGGCUGCACGACUCCUGUGAUUGGAAUCGAAGCGAUCUAUCCUGGCUACUCCUCAUAAGAAUGCCGUCCGCAUAGAAAUGACAACCACGUGCGCUGGUCUUUAUAAAAGCUAGUAUUGCUUCAAUCCAUUGUCCGAUUUUUUCUCUCGUUAACCUGCGGAUACAAGGUAUAAUGUACUCAAGAUGAAGCUUAUGAAUUGUACAAAGUCCUGGCUACCCUGUCUCAACUUUUCGGACUCAUGUAAUCAUACAUUUACAUCACCUCCACUUCACUACCCGUAGUUAAUUGGGACCUUAGAAGAUCUUCAAGUUCUGCUGCCUUCACUUUUCACUUCAUCCUACCAACCCUCUCUCUUUGAUGUGUUUUAGAGGUUGUUUGCCCUAUCACGGAAUCAAUAUUCAAGAAAGAACAGAAUCUUCAUGUUUCU